AAUACGUCGAUUUCGUUUAGAUAAAUAUAAAUAACAGCUUUUUGAUCGUAGCCUUUGAUAAAAAAUAAUCAAAACAAACAACAUGGAAUCAACCAUUUCGUGUAUCUUGUGCUUUUUCCAAGUGUUCCUAGCAUUAAACCUUUUGGAUUGUGAUGCGGCAGAAACUGAUAUUGUUUUAGAUGCUAAAGCUCAAUCAACGCAUCGUUUGGAUACAUUGAAUUUAUUGUCUUAUACUAUAUUAUUAAUAUUAACAGUGUUGACUAUUUGGUUGUUUAAACACCGUAGAGUAAGUUUUCUACAUGAAACAGGACUUGCUGUUAUUUAUGGUUUAAUAGUAGGAGCUAUAAUACGUUAUGCAGGAAGUACAGAUCCUGUAUUAUCAAUGACAGUAAUUUCAAAUGAUGACAAAUAUAAUUCAAGUCUUCCACCUGACAUAUUAUCAUUAAAAUUUCCUGUAAACGGUUUAUUAAAGAAUAAAUCCUACGAAUAUACAUUUCGUGGAGAAAUAAACUUGCAAGAUAACGAGAUAGAUUUAAAAGCAACAUUUGAUCCGGAAAUAUUUUUCAAUAUCAUUCUACCACCCAUCAUUUUUCACGCGGGAUAUUCCCUCAAAAGGAAAUAUUUCUUUCGCAAUCUUGGUGCUAUACUAACAUACGCAAUAAUAGGUACCGCUGUAUCUUCGUUUUUGGUGGGGGCGUUGAUGUACGGCUGUGUCCAGUUGAUGCCCGCACAUUUGGCGAGUAGUUUCACGUUUUUAGAUACGUUAUACUUCGGUGCAUUGAUAUCCUCCACCGAUCCGCUUACAGUAUUGGCAAUAUUCCACGAUCUUCGGGUCGACGUCAACCUUUAUGCCUUAGUAUUCGGCGAAAGUGUCUUAAACGAUGCUGUUUCUAUUGUAUUGAGUGGUUCUAUACAAAAUUAUGGAGAAAGAUAUUCUGGAACUGGAGAUUUUGAAACUAUAGCGUUCUUUAAAGCCGUUGGCGAUUUUUUCGGAAUUUUUAUGCUAUCGUUGUUUAUCGGAGCUGUUAUGGGAUGUUUCACAGCAUUAUUGACGAAGUUUACUAGAGUUAGAGAUUUUCCACUUUUAGAGUCGGCACUUUUUGUACUUAUGUCUUAUAGUACGUUUUUAAUCGCCGAAGCUUCUGAGCUUACAGGGGUAGUAUCUGUCUUAUUUUGCGGGAUGUGUCAAGCCCAUUACACAUACAACAACCUUUCUGAUGACUCGAGACAACGUACGAAACAAAUGUUUGAAUUACUUAAUUUCUUGGCGGAAAAUUUUAUUUUCACCUAUAUUGGAGUUUCGAUGUUCACGUUUCCCAAACACCAUUUUGACCCGUUGUUUAUUUUAGCUGGAUUUAUAUGUGCUAUGAUAGGAAGAGCCGCAAACAUAUAUCCGUUAUCAUUUUUGUUAAACAUAGCGCGUGAACCAAAAAUUUCGCCGAAUUUCCAACACAUGUUGUUCUUUUCUGGUUUACGCGGCGCUAUGUCGUUUGCUUUAGCAAUACGCAACACCGUCUCCGAAGCUCGACAAAUCAUGUUAACCACAACGUCGUUAAUCGUUAUUAUCACAGUUAUUAUACAGGGAGGGGCCGCUUUACAUUUGCUUUCAUGGUUCCAAAUACCUGUAGGUGUUGAUGAAGAAACUGAAGCUUUAUCAAAUCAAGCGUCUCAAAAUGGUAAUGGAACACCAAAUUAUCAAGAAUGGAACUAUGUAGUUGGCGGGGAUAUGCCAAAACCGAACGAGAAAGGUCUUUUGGCUCGUGUAUGGGGUAGUUUCGAUACAAACUACAUGAAACCGCUUUUAACACAUUCAAAACCAACUUUAUUGGAAACUCUCCCUGUUUGUUGUAAUCCUCUCGCUCGAUUACUUACAACAAUGGAACAAAUGACUCAGGAAGGUGGUAAUGCGAGAAACGGGAGUGGCUUAAUCGAUUCAGAUUCCGAUUUAUGUUUGAACGAUACCGAUUUGACACGAGAUCGAUACCCGAGUUCAAUAAGACAAUAAAAUUGUUUUCGCAAGCAGCAAAUACAAUCGAUCAGUGGACACCAGGUGUAAAAAGUCUAUAAAAAUAACUAUUUUUUAGCUUUAUUCGCAAUCAGGAUUUUUAUUUAACUAUCGAGAAAAAAAUUAAGCAGCAAAAUAAUUAUAUAAACGUAAUUGUUCAAUAUUAAACAAUUUCCUAUACGUUUAUGUGUACAAGUUGAUAAACUUAUAUUAUUUUGCGAGUACUAGUCACUAAAAAAUCCUAAAUGAUAGCUUUAUUUUUCAGAGGGAUGUUUUUUUGUUAUAUUUAUAUAUAUUUUGUAGCCGCUAAGCUUAUUGUCAGUAUUGGCGUGUUUAUUAGAUAUUUAAAUGUAAACGUUCUUUAGUGAGAAUAGUUUUUUUUUAGUUUGGAUUAUUGUAAAUAGUUUGAAAUAGGAAAUAUUUUUUUGAUCUAAUUAAAAAAAAUAUAUUAAAAAUCGUUUUUAACACCAACGUUUUGAUGUAUUUGGAAGCAUUUACCCAUUUAUAAAAAAACGUAAAUAGAUUUAUCACUAUUAAUAAUCUAAGAGUGUAGAAAAUGCAACGCGUAAGAAAAAUAGCUGUAUAUUUAAAUAAAUUUAAAGUUUUCUUUGUUUAUAUUUAGAUUAUUUUUGUGUAUUAUUAUAAUUACCGAUUUUUAUGGCUGUGACCAUUUUUGUUGUUAUUCACUUGUAAACCAGUACUUACAAUAUUUACGUUUAUUCGAUGGUUAUAAAACACGUUUGAGAAUGAAUCAAUAAAAGUUUCUUUUUGCCACAAUAAAA